GACACAAGGAAUGUGUAAACGAGAUUUCAGCUUCCUCCAUCAGAAUGAGAGAAUGCGAACUUUGUCGCAUCAACCGCAACGCACAGACCUGUCAUGAUGGAGAUGUGAUAUCGGCUGUUACACCUCUCGACCGACGCACAUCGUCCAUUCUCAUCAUGGGUCAUCUGGCAACACUUCGCGUGGCAUUCGCACUCUGCCUUCUGACAUCGUUCGUGUUCUUGACCCUAAAAUGGUUUAUAAAUUUGACACAGUGAAUACGUCAAUCCGAAUGACCCCUCAAAGGAUGAACGUCCAGCAAUUUCAAAGAGUCGUGGACGGGAAAACCACAACAAUCAAGCCAGUACAGGCAAAAGUCUCGAGUGAAAACAAUGGUUCGGAUAUUGUAACAGUUACAACAGAAAAGCCGACGCCAGUGAUUCAAAAAGCUAAAGCUUUUCUUACAAAGGCAAAUGAAUCGACAAUAAAAGCUGCGAAUGGUACAACCCUUGCAAAGUCAGCACACGGAGCCAAGUCAAAUUCCAGCAUUGUUGCAACAAGUAAAAUAUUAUCACCAUCACUAUCCCAAAAUCGAAGCUCACAGAACAAGGAGAACAUUGUCAAACCUUCACAUAAAGCUGCCCAAGAUAAUUCGACCCGGAAAACUGGACAAGUUACAUCCAAACGACGGGACAGUGAACCCAAGACAACUGCUUCAUCCGCAGGUCUAGGUCUAAAUGAGCAGCAGUUUUUAACAAAAGUUGAAAGUUUCUUACAAAAGAAACAAUCAGACCAUGUCAUAAGAGACGCCUUGAUGGAUGUCAUUAAUCGCGCAAAAUCAAGAACUGUACACUGGAAACGACACGAACGAGAAAGUCAACAGGAUAGUCAAUCUCUUAAUUAUCUGAAAUGCCCGACUUCGGUCCGAAACAAGAUGUUGACGACUCCACUCACUCGUAACAAGUUCGUCUUAGACACUCCAAUUUUGGCUUGGGAUGAGCAUUACACUCACGAGGAAUACCUCCGACUUGCAAAAUUCCAUGGCAUUUUCGGAUGGCAAGAUUCCAAUGAAACAGAUAUAGCGUCUUCGCUGACAAAGCUUGAUUCGCCUCACAACCGAUAUCUGUUUGAUAACCGUCUUGUCAACGGUAAGAUUCCCGAAGACGAUAAAUGUAUCACAUGUGCUGUGAUCGGCAAUGGAGGUAUCCUCAACGGCUCCAAGAAAGGCAAAGAGAUCGAUGCUAAUGACUAUGUAUUUAGAGUAAACACGGCCUUAACCGAGGGCUAUGAGGAAGAUGUGGGGAGCAGAACCUCUUUCUAUUGUUUUGGCAUGAUAACACUGUCAAACACACUAGCAGGUGGAUGGAAAACGAAAUUUAAACAACUUCCUAAUGAUGAGGGAAUUCGGUAUGUAUUUUUCGCUGACGGCUACUGGGCUUACACGUAUCUUGCAUCAGUGUUACACGGAGGCAAAGGAACUGUUUUAGGAAACAGAUAUCCAGUUCGAUUUCCCAAAAAACUGCAAGCCAACGAUAUCAAGUUGGUCCAUCCGGACUUUGAGAGAUAUCUUAAAUGGAGCUGGGUAAAUUCGACCUAUCAACGGAACCAAAUUCAUCGACCAACAACCGGUGGUAUCAUGCUUCUACUGGCGUUACAUACGUGUGAUGAGGUCAAUGUGUAUGGUUUCGGUGGAAGUUACACCAAGUUUUCGGAGCACUAUUACGACAAGUCCUAUAACAAACAUGUCAACUAUGCAAACCACGACAAUGCGGCAGAGAACAGGCUUUGGAAAAAACUACACGAUCUUGGUAUCAUCAAUAUGUAUACCAGGGGAUAGUCAGCUUCUAAAACUGUGACCCUUGACCCCGACAGUGGCAGUUGGUCGGUUCACACGGACAAGUCAUGAUCUGUCUUGUCCAAAUAAAAUGAGUGUGAUGUUCCAUCAGAAUUUGUAAACCAAACUUGUCGGAUGCAUUUAGACCUGCAGUAGCGCUCACCCACAUUCUGCAAACAUCCGGGUCAGAUUGACCCGCAAUCCUUGUUCUAUUUGACUCGACCCUUUGUCAGGUCAAACACUACAAUUUUCCGGGUCAAAUAUUACAUUUGUGGGGUUCAAAAUGGCACUCUUCCGUGUAAUCUCGACCCGGAAAGUGUCAUUUUGACCAAAACAAGGUGUCAUUUUUUUACCCGGAAAGGAUUGAUUCACAUACAACCCAGAUUCCGGGUCAAUCUGGCCCGGGUAUUUUCAGAGUGCAGCGAUAAUCGUAAGUAUUGGAUAAACCCGUGGGUGGAUUCACCUGUCGCAAGUCUUACAUUUAAAAUUCUGUGACUGUUGAUUUUGCUUUAGACAUCUAAUAAAACCAACUUUAACACUAUAGAACCAACUUUUAUCAGAUAAAACAAUCAACCGCAGCCAUCAAUCAAAACAACCCACGAAACUGCACGGCCAAUUCCAUCUUAUUUUAUGGCCUAAUCAGCAGUUAAAUCAGGCUCCUAAAUGCCUGCAGUCUGCGAUGCAAACAUCGAAGAUAUAGAAGACCUCCAUGUCCCUGUGAAAAUUCUAAGAAAAAAACAGAGACUCCCCUAUAAGGAAGUCCAAACUGAAAGAGAGCGUGACGGUGCAGGUUUUUGAUAGAUUUUACUUUCUGCACAAUAUCCAAAGCUAACAACAGUUACUCAUUGGUGUGUUAAAUAAUUAGAUAAAAUAAUUUUGAUUAUUUACUUACUUUUCAACAUGUAGAUAUUUUGUUUGCCAAUUUACAUUUGUUACGUUUUUCAACGUUUGAACCCUAUCAGGACUGAAGAUGGGCAGUCAAGCGCUAGAACGCUUCGGCCGAUCGGCACUAAGCUUGUUUUUACUCAUCCUUACCUUUAUCGAGGGUAUUUUCACUUUUAGACAUUUAUUUUGACAGUUCUUGCAUCAAUACGGAUUUAGAACAUUACCAUUUUUACCAUACAGUUUUGCCGAUAUUGGUUGAAAGAAAUUACAUUUUGCGACAAAAUCUCAAAAAUUGAUGAUCUUGCCACCAAAAGGUAGGUAAAGAGCCCUCUAGCAGCGACUUUGGAUGCCGAAAGGUUAAUUGAUCGGAGAAUCCUUUUUGACCCUAUGAAUGCUUGUGGAAAAUUUAAAUCCUUUGAAUAGUGUAGAAAUAAUGCCAAAAAAAUCGUUUUGACCAAAAGUGGGAAGAAAAAUGAAGUACCGGACAGCAGCGCAACUAAGUGACGUCAUGAUGGAAAUUAUUGCCGGCCAACCAUCAUGCCGAAUUUUAGGAAAAUCAGCUGAAGCAUUUGAAAAUUAAACUUUGGGACACAAUAUUCUCCUGGUCCUGAAAAAACGCGAAAUACUGAUCCUGAUAGGGUGAAUUCUUUAUAGGCUUCAUACUUAUUCUUUAAUGUUCAUAAUAAGACAAUUUUGACUUCGAGGCUUUAUGAUAAUGAAUCAUUAAACCUAAAAGUAUAAAA